AAUGGAGAUAUGCGGCAGCAUUAUCACCAAUACGGACUAUAAACAAUUCUACUUAACGUGCUUAUAUUGUUCAACUCAAACCGAUCUGAAGGACUGGGCGCAAUUCGCGUCCCACAUUAAGAAUGAUCAUUCAUUGAAUGACGAGACGGACAAGGAAAAUGUAAAACUUGAGAAAGUUUUAAAACAAAACGACGAGUAUUACUCAGAUACAGAGAGCAUACAUGAAGAACACAUUGCUUGGGUCCACGAUGAUGUGGAAUUUGAUGAAAAUUACGAAUAUCUUGAAGAAGCGGAAUAUGACGCGCAUUCCGAAAAUGCGAUUGCGGCGAGUGAUUACUGUACCUCCACGGACCAGAAUGAACUUCUAGACAAUGCGGCACAAUUCACCACACUGGAUAAUGAUGUGCAAUUCGAUAUUCAGCAGGAACCAAAUCUGAUAGAUCAGGCUGAAGUAAUAACUGAGCACCUAACACACUCCUCAUCUGACUAUGAUGAUGACUUUAGGCGGGAGCUCGAAUGCAGUUCUAGUGAUUCUGAUGAUUCCGACGACCCUACUGAAAAACGGAGCAGAAACAAGCCAUUGACUUUGAAGCGCAAAUUGAAAGUAUCGUUUCUUCGGCACAAUCCACGGGUAUUGCACUUUAUUGAAGCAUUUAAGGAUCACCCCUACCUCUGGAAUCGAGAUCAUCCAUUAUUUCAGGACGAAACUGCUAAAAGUGAGGCCUACAAUACAAUAAGUAAAGUUAUGGAUAAGAAGGCCAAUGUGCUGUUCACGAAAGGCGAAUUGAGGAAAAGCAUAGAUCAAUUGCUGAAUCAAUACGCCAUUGCUGCCCAAAAUGCUGAGGAGAAGAAAUUGUCUGGCAUUGCUGCGCGAUACUUCAGAAGAUGUCAAUUUCUCUCAACUUCCAAUUGCUCUGCAGAAUUGGACGACGAGGAGGGCAAAACGGAUGUAAUACAGCUGGACUUUAAAAGCAUCAACGACAUGACAACCAGCUUUAUUGAAGCCUAUGGUAACUUUCCGGUGCUUUACGACAGCUCUUUGCCAGAAUUCAAGUGUGUAACAACCCGAUCAGAAGCUUACAUUAAAAUCUCAGAGCAACUGGCACCUUCUAUGCGCGUCAAUGAGACAGAAGUGCACAUGGGCAUUGUAAGAUUACGGAAAUGGGCUUAUAUGUGUCUGAGACGCGUUAAGUCGAAAGUCUUGCAAAGACCCUGCAACAAAGCCGAAUUGCAUUACUUACAGCUCUGCAGCUUCCUGCCACCUAAAGCAGAGAGCUUUGUUGUUAGCUGCGAAUACUGCGACAAACGAUUCUUUAUUGACUACAGUCUGCGUGCUCACAUGGUCAAAGCGCAUAACAUUGGUGAACUGCCCUACCUCUGUUCACAGUGUCCGCGUCGUUUUAUGAAUGCUACCGACAUGGAGCGCCAUAAGUUGCGGCAGCACUGUGAAAAGAUGCUUAAGUGUGACUACUGUGAUAGCACCUUCUCGCUGCAGGCCGAUCUGAAGGUUCACAUACGCUGCCACACCGGCGAAAAGCCGUACAUCUGUGAGUUGUGCGGCAAGGGCUUUAGACUGAAACUAUUACUCGACUAUCACAUCAAUGGAACGCAUCUUGACUUGCGCCCUUACGCAUGUGACUUAUGUCCCAAAAAGUUUCGGAAGAGAAUUCUGCUAAAGACCCAUAUGAAGAGUCAUCUCAAUAUCAGGGAUAAGAAGUGCGACGAUUGCGGCGCUACAUUUACGUGUCCAGCCGGUUUUAGUCGGCAUCGCAAAACUCACCAAAACCCAUCUUAAGUUAAGAUACCCUGUUAAUAAUUUAUUACAUACAUAAAAAGUUAACAUUACGAAAGCAAAACACAAUUUCUGUUAUUAAUAAAGAUAAAUUACUUAUUCCCAUUUGAUAUAAUGGAAUAUUAAUUAUUUUUUAUAAAUAUA